AUGUCCUGCUCAGUCGAGGAACCCACCAUGACCGUCGCUGAGAAGCGAGCCAAGGACAGGGCUGUGCACGUCGGAUUCUGCUGCAAGUGCAAGACUGCAAAGUCCACCGUUACCGUCCGAUAUGCCGAAUACUGCGAGACCGCUCUUCGCAACGCCCGAGCUUACAGGGUCAUCACGCCUGAGAAUGUCAUGCUCGCCUUUUCGGGCGGCCCUUCAUCUAGGGCCUUGAUCCACCUCUUCGAUGUCUUCCACUCUUUGCCUCCAGAGGUCGCCACCAACAAAAAGCAGCCCAAGAUCUAUAACGACAUCCACGUGUGUCACAUUGAUGAGUCUUGCUUAUUGGAACCAGUACAGGAUGUUACAUCUUCUGGAUCGACGAUGGAGCAGGCACGGUCCAUUGCUGGGGGAUACGGGUACAGUUUCCAUGGAGUGGCCAUUGAGGAUAUCUAUGAUCCAGAGUGGACGGACUCUCGGUGCUUUGAGGCAGUUGCGACUCUGAUCACUUCUCUUCCCAAGGAUCAAUUGACUACCUCAGGACAGGCACCAGAACUUCUCUCCCGGAUCAUCCCCACAUCUGUGACAGCUGCAUCAGAGGAGGAAGCACCCAAGCUGAGCCGUCAGGAAAAGAUCAGCAAGAUGAGGGCGCUGUUGGGCGCCUGCACAACCCUGACCGCCAAGGAGACAGUCCUUCAACAUUUCCGAUCUAGCCUACUGAUUCAAUUGGCCAAACGCGGCGAAUGCACGAUCCUGGCACUCGGAGAUUCUGCCACCCGUGUAGCGAUCCAGAUCAUUGAACUGACAGCGAUUGGGCGCGGAUACUCACUCCCUCACGAGACUUCGCUCUUGUCAAGCUGGAUUCAGGACUGCAAGGUGAUCCGACCUCUCAAGGACUGUCUUGUCAAGGAGCUGGAUACCUUUUGUAGGCUCAAUGGGUUGAUGCUGAUUGAGCGCCAUCAUGCGCAGUUGGACUGGACUAUGAAGACGAAGGCCGAGGUCAAGUCUAUUAGGAGGUUAACGGAUGAGUUUAUUACAGGAUUGGAUAAGGAGUUCCCGUCGACCGUGGCGACUGUUUGUAGGACUGCUGCAAAGUUGACGCCUCCUGAGGCUACUUAUGAUCAGAAGUGUCCGCUCUGCCAUGGACCUGUCCAAGACGGAGUUCAGGAGUGGAAGCGCAGGAUCACAGUGACGACUGCACCAGGAAAACUUGAGACCACCACUACCAGCAAUAGCACAGAGGCCAAGACGACGGAGAUAUCAGAUGGAUGCUGCUCCUCUGACGCAGGGGGCUGCUGCUCAUCAUCAUCAUCAUCACAGCGCCCUUCAUGCACCACUCCACAGACAACAACAGUCUCAUCCACAUCGACACCAUUUUCGUCGCUCCUGUGCUACGGCUGCUUGACCAACCUGCGUGAUCUGAACCUGAAAUCGAUGGCGAGCCAGGAAGACGACGUUUCUUCUUUAUCGUUUGAGUUGCCUCCUUAUGUGGUCGAGACGAUUGUUCACCGGAUGGGGUUUGCGUCAUUGGACGAGUUUGAGCACCGGUCUGAUGGUGGAGUGUCGGCAUCUGGGACGGCUGUGGAUCCUCAGGAGAGUUUGCGUGCCCAGAUCCAGGAGUUUUUGAUCGCCUCGGAUGAUGAGGACGAGUAA